UUUGAAUCUGUCAAGUUUCAAACCACGUGCUUCCAGAACGAAGCAAUUUUCAACAUCUUCCCUCGAACCGAUCCGAAAAUGUCCCGCAACCAGCUCCGAAAACCCACGCCGAUCGUGCGUCCCGCUUCCGAUCGCGCCUCCUCCACCCUGGAAGACCCCCAAAAUCCGCACUCGGAGCACCGCUGGGCUCCCCCAAAACCCGUCCUCCAAAACCUGUCCCGGCUGAGCAACUCCCCGAUCGGAACCCCCUCGGAACCGCAACCUUCGACGCCCAACUUCAAGUGUCUGAUCAGCGAAUUCCUUGGCACUGGCAAGCCCCAAACUUCGAAUCCGUCCACUUCCGCGAUCAAGUUUCAGUUCAAAACCGCAUCGAGCACCGGCCUGCCGCCGCUUCCGGACGAGUCGGUUUUCCCGAAAGACGGUUACGGAGAAAACGGUCAGCUCUUUGCAGAGGGGACCGACGUCGAGGAAAUUCCGGAUACUUCCUCCCCCAAGCCGACGACGAGCUUCAUGGAUCUGGUCCCAAAGUCCCCGUUUCAAUCGCAGCGCAAUCCGAUGCCUUGUCCGUCGGCGCCGAAGGUUCCUCGGCUUGCGGUGCCGGUUGAUCGGAUGCCCUCGGAUGAAAUCUCCCAGCAGGUCGAGCGAGCGUUGAAAGAGUGCGGAUUCGAGGAGGGAACGCAGAAGGAGGAGCAGCAGCCACCCACGCGCAAGUCCUUUACGCAGGACAUUGUGACUGGGCUGCUGAACUCGCAGUCGGACUUUUUCGAGACGCAGACGGGAAGGGGACGGGAGGAGGUUACGCCGGUUAAGACGUUUAGUUCCGUCGGAACGAUGACUGAUUUUGAGGAAGUCUCUGACGAUCGGGGUUCGCCUUUGGUGGUUGAAAAUUUUGCUCGACAGAAGAGGUCGCUGCAGGCGAUUGUGGCCAAUUUGAACCGUUCCAACGAGGCCAUCGUCAAAUUUAUGACCCAAAUGCAGAGAUCCUGCUCUAAGACGAACUUUAACGCCAGACAGAAUCACUAAACUUUGUUUUUCCUUCUUUAUUUCCAGAAAUUCGUUGAACUCCUAAAACUGUACCUCAACAUCAACCACGCGGCCAAGACCACCCACCACGGGACGCUUUCCAUGGAGCACCUGGAGGUGCUCGAGUGUGCCCCGCGGACCAAGCUCAGCUGCUGCAAGCUGUUCGCGAGGCUGCUGGAGCUGAAGCGGUACGGGUUGAUCGAGACCGGCGUCGACGAGCGCGGCCGGAUUAGGUCCGUGACGGUGAAGGGUUGAGGUUGAUUGUAAUUUUUUUAAUUUGAGUUUUAAUUUAUUCAUUUGUUUUUGUUUGUUAAAUAUCUAAAAUAAAUCAAUAAUUAAUAUAACAACUUUCA